AUGGGAGAUCGAAGCAACGGUGAUGUUCUCAUGCUGGAGGCUCCACCAUCUUACGGUAGUAGGUCAACCAAUUCCGACGCCGAAAUCAUCGACGCAUUGCCUUACAUCGACGACGACUACAGUGACCCUAGGGUCAAAAUCGAAGUCGACCGUCUCGUCGAAGAAGAGAUGCGCCGCAGCUCCAAGAAACCCGCUGAUUUCCUCAAAGAUUUUCCACCUCUCCCCACUUUCAAUUUUCAGGAGUAUCCAAUGAUUGGUAGAGAGUAUGAGCGCGUGAGAGCUGGCAGGCCUCCUAUUUCACUUGACAGGUCGAGAUAUGAAUUAGAACUACCACCAAUCAAUAAAAGGAACGAUGAAACCGCUUGGAAACUAGCUCUUCAAAGAGCUCAGCGACUACUUCAAUAUCAGACAAUGAGGAUGGAAAAUUUGGAUUUGUUGUUGAAAUAUGGUCCUGAUGCCUGGAAACAGCACAACCUGCGAUUGGAAGUAUACUUGUCAAGAAUGCAGAAAUUAGCUCAGGAACAAAAUGAAAAGAUUGAAAAAGUCAACCGUGAAAGGAAAUACCAUCAGCAAAAUACUGCAUAUGAGCUUAAUGCUCUGUCCAUCCAAUGGAAUGAGCUCUGUCUGAAAAAUAUAAACAUUAGAGCUGCGUGCGCUUCAGCUGAAACUCACCUUAAUGACCUGAGAAGAGAAGCAGCAGAAAGAGGCUGGAACUUGGAUGCUGUCACUGAAAACGGGCAAUAUGCCAAUUCGGCAUCAUGA